GAGGCGCUCUGGCGCGACACUCGCGUUGACACACAGCCACUCCUGGCACCCCUCAGCCUCGACCUCGGUGCCACGGAGGAGCUAGCGCUUCUUGAGCGCCGAUGCACCGUGGAACGCGUUGGCUUCCGCCUCGCCGUCAAUGACCUCGCACCCCCGGGACGACGCGUCGCCGUCAUCUCGGUCCCGAGUGCACGAGGCACAACUUUUGGCGUGUCAGACAUCCGCGAGCUCAUCACCCUUCUCGACGAUGACGCCGCCCAUGACACGCCACUACCCAAGCUCCCCAAGCUCCACACGCUCUUUGCAUCCAAAGCAUGUCGCGCCGCUGUGAUGAUCGGCACUCCGCUCAUCAAAACAAAGAUGACCCAGCUGCUCGACCACCUCGCAACCCUCCUGCAGCCCUGGAAUUGUCCCCACGGCCGCCCGACCACUCGCCACCUUGCUCACGUCCCCUCGCUCUUCGCGCUGCAAUCGCCCACAGCGUAG